CGCCGGUCCUUACUCCACCCGGCUGACUGAGCGUCGCACAGCGCGUUGAAUCGGAGACAGCGAGGAGAGGCUGCAGAGUCGCACCUGACCACAGAGUGGAUUUAGAUCCAGCAGCGGGAGAGACUCACCGCUCCCAAGAACCCCAGCCCCUCCUUCGUGUUGGUCUGCUCCUCGGAGGGUCCUGUGCUGCACGAGAACAAGAGGUCAGUCGUUGGUGAGGGCAGCAGUGGAAGGGGAUGAUGUCCAUGCAAAUGAGUGAGGCGGACGGCGUGGUGAAGGUGGCAGAGUGGCAGCAGACCUACUACGCGUCCGACUCAGGCAUCCAAUCAGGAGCCACCACAGUGCGAGACGACGAGAGCAGCACAGAGCACAGCGGCUGCAGGAACUACCCGGGCAGUGCUUCAGUUGCGGCCCCUGAGCCUGGGGCUUCUGUCACUGCAGGUGAAACUGCAGCCGCUGGCCGAGACAGUCCCACAGAUCUGGACGCUCAGUACUCACUGACCAGAGCUCAACGAGUCCGUGCCGCUAUGUUCCCAGAGACCCUGGUGGAAGGAGAGGCUGCCAUGCCUGUGCAGUCAGAUCCCGCUCAGCAGAGCAAUGUGCAGCGGCUGGCCGAGCCAUCGCAUCUCCUGAAGAAUGCCAUUGUUCAUCUGAUUAACUACCAGGAUGAUGCUGAACUGGCCACCAGGGCGGUGCCAGAGCUCACCAAACUUCUGGCAGAUGAUGAUCCGGUUGUGGUGAACAAGGCGGCCAUGAUUGUGAACCAGCUCACUCGCAAGGAAGCCAGCAGACGGGUGCUGGUGCAGUCUUCAGCUUUGGUCAGCGCCAUCGUGCGUGCGAUGACAACUGCUGUCGACAUGGAGACGGCCCGCUGCACAGCCAGCGUGCUGCACAGCCUCUCCCACCAGAAGGAAGGAUUGCUGGCCAUUUUCAAGUGUGGAGGGAUUCCAGCGUUGGUCCGGAUGCUCAGCUCUCCGGUGGAGUCCGUUUUGUUUUACGCCAUCACCACCCUCCACAAUCUCCUGCUGCACCAGGAGGGGGCCAAGAUGGCGGUGCGUCUCGCCGACGGCCUGCAGAGGAUGGUGCCCCUCCUGAAGAAAAGCAACCCCAAGUUCCUUGCCAUCACCACAGACUGUCUGCAGCUGCUGUCUUACGCCAACCAGGAGAGCAAGCUGAUUAUUCUGGCCAACGGAGGACCGGAUGGUUUGGUGUUCAUUAUGAGAAACUACAACUACGAGAAGCUGCUGUGGACCACAAGCCGAGUGCUGAAGGUUCUGUCCGUCUGCCCCAGCAACAAGCCUGCCAUCGUGGAAGCAGGCGGCAUGCAGGCGCUGGGGCAACACCUCACAGGUUCAAGUCAACGUCUGAUCCAGAACUGUCUGUGGACUCUGCGGAACCUCUCAGACGCUGCGACCAAGCAGGAGGGGUUGGACGGUCUGCUGCAAAUUCUGGUCACUCAGUUGGGCUCCGAUGAUGUCAACAUGCUCACCUGUGCCACAGGCAUCUUGUCCAACCUCACCUGCAACAACUCACGCAACAAGACACUGGUGACCCAGUUUGGCGGGGUGGAAGCUCUGAUCCAUGCGGUUCUGCGUGCUGGGGAGAAGGAGGAUGUGGCUGAGCCGGCGGUCUGCGCCCUGCGUCACCUGACCUCUCGCCAUCAGGACGCUGAGCUGGCCCAGAAUGCUGUGAGGCUGCACUAUGGCAUCCCUGCCAUCGUCAAGCUCCUCAGCCAGCCACACUACUGGCCUGUUGUCAAGGCUACGGUUGGCCUGAUCCGGAACCUGGCUCUGUGCCCCACCAACCAGGCGCCUCUGAGGGAAGCAGGUGCCAUUCCACGAUUGGUCAACCUGCUUCUCAAAGCCCACCAGGACACGCAACGACACGCCUCUUCUUCUCAGCAAACGUACCAGGACGGCGUCCGGAUGGAGGAAAUUGUGGAAGGGUGCACAGGAGCACUUCAUAUUCUGGCCCGAGACCCCAUUAACAGAGGGGAGAUUGCCAGCAUGCAGACCAUCCCUCUGUUUGUCCAGUUGCUCUACUCUUACGUGGAGAAUGUGAAGAGAGUGUCCGCUGGUGUUCUGUGUGAGCUCGCUCUGGAUAAGCAGUCUGCCGAACUCAUCGACGCAGAGGGAGCAUCAGCGCCGCUCAUGGAGCUGCUGCACUCCAACAAUGAGGGAAUCGCCACCUAUGCUGCGGCAGUGCUCUUCAGAAUUUCCGAGGACAAGAGCUCGGACUACAGGAAAAGAGUGUCCGUGGAGCUCACGCACUCACUUUUCAAGCACGACCCUGCUGCCUGGGAAAUGACUCACACUGCAGUUCCUCUGGAGCCCACGUACCUAGCUGACGAGCUGGAUGCUGCUUACCCCCCUUAUGGCUACACUGACCUGCCCCUGGACACUCUGCCGUUGGACCCGGAUUUCCACGAGUCCUACAUGUCUGAAAUGCCGUACGACCCCAGACAGGCUUACCCGGAGCCACUCUAACAGGAAGAUGAAUUGUAAUUCCGCCAAUGAAAAAAAACGGGACAACGCUAUACCGGGAGGCUUGGACUGGAGAGGCCGAGGGUUCAGGACUGAACUGACAGGGAGGAGCCCUUUUGCCACAGAUAUAGGGAACCACCCUGUGGUCCGAUCACGACGCGGCUCUUUAUUCAAUUGUGGUAUAUUGUUGCUGUACAUGAUGACAAUGUAUCUUCGUCCUACUGUUGGCCGUGAAAGUGAGUGUGUGUGUGUGUGUGUGUGUGUGAGGGCGUGGUGUUUUAUUAAGCAAACAAUCGAUGUACGAAUGCUUUUGGCACUUUAGAACCAUUGAUGGUCCAGAUGUGUCGCAGGUGAGGUCCACCUCUUCCACCUGUUGAAAACAAACUUUACUUACUGAAACUGAUCUCUGGUUUCUUCUAUCGCCCGCAAGAUCACAGGUGACGACAUGCACCCUCUUAGGAAACGCCACCAUGUGUAUAAGAAGGUCAAUAUGUAGCUUUUCCCGCCAUGAGGAGAUCCCUGACUUCCUUGCUGGCACAUGUUAAUGGUCUGUCCCCAACUGGGCUCCUGUUUUUAGAUGUUUGAAUCCCCGGGUGUCCAUGUGUGGUCGUUGCAUGGUAGUUUAUUGUGUCUGCAUUGACAUAUACUUUACCUUCACGGAAAAAAAAGGCCCCAUUUUGGACGACAGGUCCAGGAAGUUCAGUUCCACACGGGGGACACGUCGAGAACCUCCGGCCACUCUUCAAACCAACGUCACGCCUCCACCAUGUCCAUCGCAUGAUCAGCUAGAGGAGCAGCGGGAGGCGCGGCCGUUGCCGUGGGCGACCAGGAACAGGCUCUUGUUGCAAAGUUCCGCCAUGUUAAGAAGCACAACUAUCCUUGUGAUUACGUCACAGCGUUCUUGUUACUCCUUCUGGAAUCUAUU